AUGGCUUCUUCCACCAACGUCCGUGAAAACUUCGUCUUCAUUGCCAAGCUAGCAGAACAAUCUGAACGCUAUGAUGAAAUGGUGGAUGCAAUGAAGAAGCUAGCGAAGAUGGAUGUUGAGUUGAGUGUGGAAGAGAGAAACUUGUUUUCUGUUGGGUACAAGAAUGUGGUGGGGUCAAGGAGAGCUUCAUGGAGGAUCCUAUCAUCAAUUGAGCAGAAAGAGGAAUCAAAAGGGAAUGAAUGGAAUGUUAAGCGUAUUAAGGAUUACAGACAGAAGGUGGAGGUGGAGCUUUCCAACAUUUGCAAUGACAUUAUGAUUAUUUUGGAUGAGCAUCUUAUUCCAUCCACUAACAUUGCUGAGUCCACAGUGUUCUAUUAUAAGAUGAAAGGUGAUUAUCAUCGCUAUUUGGCUGAAUUCAAAUCCGGUGAUGAAAAGAAAGAGGUAGCUGAUCAGUCACUUAAAGCAUAUCAGAGUGCUUCUGCGACUGCGGAAAAUGAAUUACAACCCACGCAUCCUAUCCGAUUGGGUCUCGCUCUAAAUUUCUCAGUGUUUUAUUAUGAGAUAAUGAAUUCACCUGAAAGGGCCUGCCACCUUGCAAAACAAGCGUUUGACGACGGUGUCUCGGAGUUGGAUAGCCUAAAUGAAGAUUCUUACAAGGACAGCACCUUGAUCAUGCAGCUGUUGCGCGACAACCUUACUUUAUGGACUUCUGAUAUCCCAGAAGAUAGUGAGGACCAGAAAAUGGAAAGCGCGACUAAGAGUGGUCAAGAAGAAGAAGAAUUGGGGCGCUAA